CGUGUCCCUGUCCCCGCAGCCGCCCCUCUCCGCGCUGGCGCUGCGCUCCAUGGACGGCGUUUUCCUGUCGCCCAGCGAGGAUGAGUUCGUGGGCAGGAUCGCGGAGGAGCUGCAGCAGUUCCUGGAGCAGGGGCAGCACCAGCGAGUGCUGCUGUUCCCGCCCCUGUCCAGCCGCCUCAGGUACCUGAUCCACCGCACGGUGGAAAACAUGGAAUUGCUCAGCAGCUUCUCGGUGGGAGAGGGCUGGAGGAGGAGGACGGUCAUUUGUCACUCGGCCGUCAGGCUUCCCAGCGAGACCUCGAGCGACCAAAAGCCCGGGAGCGGCGCGGGCCGGCCGCGGGGCGCGGCGCAGCCCUGGGGCCGGGGCGGCCGCGGGGCCCGGCUGCGGCACCCCGGGGACACCCACGGGGACGGGCCCCGCGCCCCCGUGGGCUCGGGCAGGAUCACCAGGCCGCCCAGGAGGAAGCCAGACAAAGCCCCGUACGUGCCCAAAGGGAUCUCGCAGAGGAAAAAGGCCAAUUGGAGGGAGAGGGAGGCAGGGCCCGACGGGGAUGCGGCGCCUGGAGGUGAAAACUGCCCCAGGAAUUCCAGCCGGGACGCCCAGCAGGAGCUGGGCAGGGCUGGGGGCGGCCCCGGGAAGCAGCAGGAGCCUGAGGAUGUGCCAGGAAAAGGCAGCGCUGAGCAUCCUCUGUGUGAUGAGAAGGUGCCUAAGGAUUCAGGGAAUAGCCACGAUUCCUGCGAGCAGGAAAGCCGGGAUAAGGACUGUUCCCAUUCCCCGACUGCUGCACACAGUGAGCACCCACCCGAAGCAGCAGAGCAGGAGUCCAGCCACGCCAGCGCCGCCGUUCCAGAGGGCAGCGAAGUCCAGGGCCAGCUGCAGGAGGAGAAGCAAUCCAGGCGGGAUUCCGGAGGGUCGGAGCGUGGGAAAAGCUCCAGCCCUUCGGAGAACCACGGUGGCAGCAGGACAGAGCUGGGUGUGACAGAG